AUGGUCGGCAUAAAUUUGGCCACAGUAUUUCCUGUUCCGCCGGAGAACUCCAUAGACAUAUCGGAGGAAUGGAUGCGGAAGCACCUCGACGAAUACAAGACAGACGAUGUCUUCAACGAAGUGUUUCUCGCCAACGUCGUGUUCCUCGAGUCGCGUCAACGUAAUGCAUUUGGGAGACCCCACAUAACGAAGGACGCCAUCAACUUUCUUUACGAGCAUGGCACGAAACAAUAUACAUCCAGCUCGUCGUCGAAUUAUCUCCCUGGUCCUCAUGUGUUGGUCGAUCAGGAGCUUAGAGAGGUGUGGAAGUUGGUGGACGAUUCAUAUGGGACUUGUAUGAUCACUUUAAAGCCACACCCAUCCGACAUACUAGAAGCUCUUAUGAUUAGGGGUCAAGAUCAUGCCCUCAGCUUUGCCCUCCCUUCUCGCAUCAAAAGCAAGUUUCAGAGCCUUCCACUUGCUGGACUUCGCAUCCUGAUUAAAGACAACAUUCACUUAAAGGGCAUCAAGACGUCUGUAGGCAGCCGUGCUUUCUACGACACUUAUCCCCUCAGGAAAAAUCUGCCCAGUGUAUCCAAGAGUUGGUCGACAAAGGCGUAUUUAUAG